AUGACUAGAAGACAUCCCGCUGGACUCGAUCGGCCCUGGGCCGCGCAGAUCUAUGCUCAGCUGCCAGAGUGUGACUAUGCUCGCCCAGCUCCUCCUGCCCAAGCCCGGCCAGCUCCUGCACCAGCUCCUACCGAUGCGCCCAUUCGUCCUGAGGACUACUCCAAACCUUACUGCGACUUCAUGACCGCCAACCCGACGAUUUUCCAUGCCGUCAAGUCUUUCUCCCAAGACCUUGAGAAGCACGGCUACAAGCAGCUCUCCGAACGUGCGGUGUGGACCUCGGAGCUGAAGCGCGGCGGCAAGUUCUACGUCACCCGUAACGGCAGCUCGCUGCUCGCAUUCAACAUUGGCAAGGAAUACCAAAGCGGUAAUGGUAUCGCAGUCGUGGCAGGACACGUCGAUGCUCUCACGGCCAAGCUCAAGCCCGUGUCGAAGCUCCCUACAAAGGCUGGCUUUAGGCAGCUGGCAGUCGCCCCGUACGCUGGCGCACUGGGCCCAACCUGGUGGGAUCGGGACCUUGGUAUUGGUGGCCGUGUGAUUGUUCGCGAUCCCGAAUCCGGCAAGGUCGAGUCUAAGCUGGUCAAGUUGGACUGGCCCAUUGCACGCAUCCCCACUCUUGCUCCUCACUUCGGAUCGCCUGCGAACGGGCCUUUCAACCAGGAAACCCAGAUGGUGCCCAUUAUUGGCGUUGAUAACUCUGAUCUCUUCGAGACAUCGGCGACGACCGAGUCGACUGAUAUCAAGGUUGGAACUUUCGCCGCUACCCAACCCGAGAAGCUUGUCAGGAUUAUCUCCAAUGAGCUCGGUGUCACGGACUAUAGCAACAUUAUCGAUUGGGAGUUGGAGCUCUUUGACACCCAGCCAGCUCGACUUGGAGGCUUGGAGAAGGACCUGAUCUUUGCCGGUCGCAUUGAUGAUAAGCUCUGCUGCUAUGCUGCUCACGAGGCACUGUUGGCGUCUAGCGACGAGACCUCUACCGGAAUUGUCAAGAUGGUUGGAAUGUUUGACGAUGAAGAGAUUGGCAGUCUGCUUCGCCAGGGUGCCAAAUCCAACUUUAUGAACAGCGUCAUGGAGCGAAUCACCGAGGCCUUUGCCGAGGGCGCCUACGGCCCCAACCUGCUGUCGCAGACCGUUGCCAACAGUUUCCUGGUCUCGUCCGAUGUCAUUCACGCUGUCAACCCCAACUUCCUCAACGUAUACCUGGAAAACCACUCUCCCCGCUUGAACGUGGGUGUCACUGUCUCCGCCGAUUCCAAUGGUCACAUGACCACCGACAGUGUCAGCCACAGCAUUCUGAAGCGUGUUGCUGCUCGCUGUGGUUCAAAACUGCAGGUCUUCCAGAUUCGGAAUGAUUCCCGCUCUGGUGGCACCAUCGGCCCUAUGACUAGCGCUCAGAUUGGAAUGAGAGCUAUCGACUGCGGUAUUCCCCAGCUUAGCAUGCACAGCAUUCGUGCUACUACUGGUAGCUUGGACCCUGGUCUUGGCGUGAAGCUGUUCAAGGGUGUCUUUGAUUACUUUGAGGAGAUUGACAAGGAGUUUGCUGAUUUCUAG